AUGGCUAGCGUUUGGAAGUCAUGGUGUGUUUUGGUUACUGCACUUCAUUUGUUGCACAUCACGUCUUCAAAUUUCAUGGUCGAUAAUCUACCAGGUUUUGGGAAACUUCCAUUCAUGUUGGAAACCGGGUACGUAGGAGUGGGUGAAAGAGAAGAGGUGCAACUAUUUUAUUAUUUUGUUGAAUCUGAAAGGAAUCCCAUGAAUGAUCCACUCCUACUUUGGCUUGUUGGAGGUCCUGGUUGCUCUGCCCUUGCUUCUUUCUUCUAUGAAAAUGGACCACUUAAGUUUAAUUAUGACAAUGUUAAUGGCAGUUUUCCAGAACUUCAAUUGAAUCCAAAUGCUUGGACGAAGGUACUCAACAUAUUAUAUAUCGAUGCACCCGUUGGCACAGGAUUUUCUUACUCAAAAACCCAGCAAGGUUAUUAUAGCAAUGACAAGCAAUGGGUGGAACAUAUGUAUGAUUUUCUACAAAAGUGGCUUGUGGAUCACCCCAAAUUCAGAUCAAAUCAACUUUACAUAGGUGGUGGAUCAUAUUCAGGCAUGAUUGUUACUCCCCUUGUGCAAAAAGUAUAUGAAGGUUAUAAAGCAGGAAAUUUACCACUCCUAAACAUUCAAGGUUUUGUGCUUGCAAGUCCAUCGAUUGACUCUUACCAGGACAUUAAUACAAGAGUUCAAUAUGCUCACCAACGAACACUUGUAUCAAAUGAGCUAUAUGAGUCAAUCAAAGCUAGUUGUAAUGGAGAUUAUAUCAGUCUUAAUCCGAACAAUGCAAAUUGCAUGUCAGAUUAUGAAGCCUACUCGGAGUCAGUCCGUUACAUAAACAUGUUUCAAAUUAUGCAACCAAGUUGUAUCAAAGGGUCUCACAAGAAUCAAAGAAGGCUCUUUGAAAACCUCGAAACUAUUCACCAAUCAACAUUUAGGUGUCAGGAAGAAGAAAAUGCAUUAGUUGAAUUGUGGGCAAAUGAUCCAAAUGUUCAAAAGAAUCUCAAUGUUAGAGAGGGAACGAAAGGACAUUUCGAAAGAUGCAAUAAUAUUAGUGAUACAUAUACAAAGAAUGUUCAUAGUGUUGUUGAAUAUCAUCAGAAUCUCACCAGCACAAACCUUCGAUCUCUAAUUUACAUCGGCGAUCUUGACAUGUCGAUACCUUAUCUUAGUACACAUUCUAUAAUUAAGUCACUUAAUUUGAACUUGAAUAGCACUUGGCGUCCGUGGUUCACUGACGGUGAAGUGGCAGGGUAUACAGAGAGAUAUAAAAAGAAUGAGUAUCACCUAACAUAUGCCACUGUUAAGGGAGGGGGGCACGUAGCUCAAGAAUACAGUCGCAAAGAGAUUUAUGAGAUGAUCCAUAGAUGGUUCUCAUAUUAUGAUAUCUAA